CCCAGAAAGCGACUGUAUCAUUAAAUAUAAACAACUUCUCAAUUGUUCCUCUUCUGGAAAUGAAUCUCUUGACUACAUCAAUUAUCGCACAGACAACGAGAAACGAGAACGAGAGCGCUUCGCCUUCAUCAUUUGAGACAUCGAGAUGACAAGCGCUGCAAUCAGGAUUUGGGUUUUCUUUGCACUCUCUUCUAUUUGGUUUUCUUUGGCAGGAAGCUACAUGCACACGUACACCGAAAAUGAUCUCAUGUUUGCGAAAGUUAACUCCUUGACCUCCAUCGAGACUUUGCUUCCCUUGAGCUACUAUAGUCUCCCAUACUGCAAGCCCCUUUGGGGAAUCCGAAAAAGUGUCGGCAAUGUUGGCGCUGCUCUCAUGGGAGACCAAAUCCUUAACUCGCCGUACAGGUUCCGAGGGAAUGUCAACGAGUCCAUCUACCUCUGCACCACUGAUCCCCUGAGCGAGCACGAGGCAAGGCUCUUGAAGCAGCGGAUUCACGAUUUGUACCAAGUGAACAUGAUGCUUGAUGGUUUGCCGGUAACAAGGUAUGCUAGCUAUGAUGGGAUUAACAUGAAAUGGACCGGCUUCCCAAUCGGGUAUGAAGCGCCGAAUAGUGAUGACGUUUACAUCAUUAAUCAUCUCAAGUUCACAGUCUUGGUGAACGAGCACAGAGACCACGGUUACCAGGGUGAUGACAUAAUGGAUUUUGAUGCGCCAUCUACUGGCAUGGUCUCUGAGGGUUAUAAAGCAGCACCGCCGUUUGAGAUUGUGGGCUUCAGGGUGGAUCCUUGCAGUGUAAAGCACGACCUGGAAAACAUGAGAAGGCUCAAAAUGUACGACAACAUAGAUUCAAUGGAAUGUCCCCACAAUAUCGAGACAUGGCAGGUUGUGAGGGAGAACGAGAGGAUAUCCUUCACUUAUGAGGUUCAGUUUGUGAAGAGCGAUAUCAGGUGGCAAUCUCGUUGGGACACUUAUUCGAAGGAGGAAGAUUCUGCAUUCCAUUGGUUCUUGGUACUCAAUUCUCUGAUGACGAUCCUUCUCUUAACUGGUAUUGUGUUCGUUAUAUUCCUGAAGACAAUAUCUAGGGAACUCGCAAAACGCCGGGGACUCAAUAAGCAGGCCGAAGCACAGACCAAUGAGGAGCCUUUGGGUUGGAAGCUUCUCGCUGGCGAUGCAUUCAGAGAGCCAAAUCACUCUAAGCUUCUCAGUGUGAUGGUUGGAACUGGGGUCCAAAUCACACUGACCAUAUUCGUGACUGCAACCAUCGCUGCCUCUGGCUUCAUACCUCCCGAUGCUCGAGGAAUGGUACUGACAUUGAUAACAAGGGUCAACACUUUUUCGGGAAUGGUUGGCGGGUAUGUUGGCAUACGUCUGUGGACAACACUGAAAGGAAGUACCGAUGGUUGGAAGUCAGUUUCAUGGUUGAUCGUGUUUCUCUUUCCAGGAAUCGUCCUAAUCAUUCAUGCAGCGCUCAACCUCAUAAUGUGGGUCAACCGUAGCACAGCCGCCGUUUCCAUCUCCAUGUAUGUCACUGCUUUGUUCCUCUGGUUCUGCAUUUCAGCGCCAGUCACCCUCUUGGGAGGAUUCCUAGCGACCUGGGCCGAGGCUAUCCACUAUCCUGUGAAAACCAAUCGCAUUCCUAGGGAAAUCCCUGCUCGGACACUCCCCUCGUGGCUCUUGGUUCUUGGUGCGGGGACAAUCCCGUUUGGCACGUUCUUUAUCGAACUCUUCUUCUUUCUGAGUAGCAUAUGGCUCGGUAGGUUCUACAGCAUGUCGGGGACCCUCUGCCUCUGUCUUCUGUCCCUUGUUAUUGUCUGUGCUGAAACUUCCUUGAUAAUUACUUAUCGCAAUCUACGAGCCGAGGACUGGAAAUGGUGGUGGAAGUCUUUCUGUGCUUCCGGUUCGGCUUCCAUCUAUGUGUUCAUGUACUGCAUCAGUUACUUGGUUUUUAACCUGAACAGUUUGAGCGGGUCCCCAUCUGUCACAGUUUAUGUUGGUUACUCGCUCAUCGUGGCAAUUGGCACCCUGCUAUCGACUGGUAGCAUCGGUUUCCUUGCUUCCUUCUACUUUGUGAAUGCUCUCUUCUCAUCAACAGAGAUCUGAGAAGAGUCACCUUAUUCUGAAUUUUCAUCCUCUGAUUGAGCUCCUUGCAGUUGGAAACUGAAGUCACCUCAAUAGUCUUCCAUCUAUUAUCUAUUGCCUUGCCUUUGUCAUGUUUCGCAGAUGAAAGAAGCACAAGAACAGUCGUACGUAGCUAUUAGUGUUUCCAAGUAAUGUAUUCCCAUCUACUGCACACAUUUCCGCCAUCAUUUCUGUGUCAUCUGACAAUCAAGUAUGGAGCUUUAUUGUUAA